CACACACACACACACACACACACACACACACACACGCAGCUCCACAUGUGAGAUGUGUGUCUCAAUAGGCAUCGGAUACACAAACACCACGACAUUUGCAUCUGGAUCGCUCAUCAUUCGGGAGGCUGAUUUACUGUUUCCUGCGGACAACCCCAAAAAUGCCUCAUUCUUUGAAUACUUGAGGAGUGACGACAACUUUCCUCGUCUCGGACUUCACUACACUAAUCGCCGAAUCUAAGAAACGUGGAGCUUUUUAAGAGGACAGUGCCGGAUUUAACAAUGCAAACGGAUCAAUUUCCCGAUCAGGAUUUGCAAUUUUAAGCAGCAGCCAGUUUGGAGUCUCCGCAGCGGGGGGAUACCAAGCCAUGAUAUCUGCGGAGAUGCGUUGUUUUCUGAGGUGCCUGUCCGUGGAUGAUGCGGCUCGGUCGGGCUGCACACGGAGCCUCUGGGUGUCUGUGAUUGGACCGGACACAGACUGGGGCUGACUGAUGUUUGUCAGCGAGGAAAUGUUUUGGGGAGGAGAUCAAUAUGAGCUACUGGCGCACGCGAGAAGGGGAGAUUGCCAGUCUUUACGAGCACACGUAUUACUAUGAAGACGGAGGCAAACGCGCAGGACUUUUUCUCUUGGAUUUAAAUUCAAAACAGACCAUAAACAGCUUAUUAUCGUCAGACAUUUAUGUGCAAUUUAUGUGAUGCGUUUUGUUGCCUUUGCAAACUGUUGGAAGGUUGUUGUGGAUAGGGUUUCUUUUUUGCACCCACGUUUUUUUUCCUCUUUUUGACUAUCAUUCAUGGGACUAUGAUAUUGCACCAUUUGACUUAUAAAAUAUAGAUUCUUCAAACUCUUUUUUCCUCCAACAAAUCUCACCUGGACUUUAACUCUAACAAAACAACUAGAGAUAUGGGACAUUUCAACAAUGCUUUUAUGAAGAAAAAAAAUAAUUUCCCUUAGUUUUAAAUGCAGUAAAAUGUAUUCACAAAUGCCUGGCAACAUGGCAGUGAACUGGGUUGUAUAUUCCGUGUUUUUACUUCCGCUGUUCGCAGUGGGGACAGCUUUCUCGGGGGUCUUCAACGCCACAGACAGAGACAUUUUUACAGAUGACUUGCUGCAGGUCAAGCUCACAGAAGCCAGAGCGACUGAGCAGUGGAAACUCCAGGCGACUGAUUCCCAUCCCAACCUAUAUUUUAACCAAGUGGAUGUGUUGCACUUGAGGCAAAGGUCCUCCACCACCCACAGUCACAUAUUUAAAGUCAUCCGAGCGGCUGCGCUCACAAUGUUGUCUAGUGUCCCCUUUUACAUGCCCCCUGUGAAACAUGCAGAGUUUACAAGCAAGUGGAAUGAGAUUUAUGGGAACAACCUGCCUCCCCUGGCUCUCUACUGCCUGUUGUGCCCAGAGGACUCUGCUGCCCUGCAGUUUCUUAUCAAGUUUAUGGAUAGGAUGGCUGAAUACCCAGACUGGAAGGUAACCAGUGCCCCCAACGACGAGGUCCCCACUGCGCACUCUCUCACUGGGUUUGCUACGGCUUAUGACUUUAUUUACUCUUACCUGGAUGAACGGCGGAGGGAUGUUUACCUUAAGAAAAUUCGAUCAGAGACAGAGGAGAUGCUUGAGUUGUCAAAGCACAGGGGGUGGGGGAAACAGUACCUCCAAAAUCAUCAAACCACUAACAUAUUGGCUAUCCUGACUGGUGCAAUAGUGGUUGGAUCACAUGACUACCCGGAGUCAAUGAUUUGGAAACAAGUUGCAGUGAACUACAUGGAGAAAACUAUGUUCCUCCUUAACCAUGUUGUUGACGGGUCUCUGGAUGAGGGAGUAGCUUAUGGGAGCUACACAGCCAAGUCCAUCACGCAGUAUGUCUUCUUAGCUCAGAGACAUUUCGACAUUGACAACAUGCAGAACAACUGGCUGCGGGAACACUUUUGGUUUUAUUACGCCACUCUCCUGCCGGGGUUUCAGAGAACAGUUGGCAUCGCAGACUCCAACUACAACUGGUUUUACGGGCCGGAGAGCCAGCUUGUUUUCCUCGACACAUUUGUCAUGAAGAACGGCACGGGUAACUGGCUGGCUCAGCAGAUUAGAAAGCACCGAGCCAAAGAUGGUCCCAUGGGGCACUCGUCUGCCCAGCGCUGGGCUACACUUCACACAGAAUACAUCUGGUACAACUCCCACCUCGCUCCACAGCCUCCACAAGACUUUGGAAAAGCUAAGAUGCAUAUCUUCUCAAACUGGGGUGUGGUUACCUACGGAGCAGGGCUACCAAAUGGCCAGGGUAACACUUUUGUCUCCUUUAAGUCUAGCAAGCUGGGUGGCCGUGCAGUCUACGACAUUGUCCAUGACAAGCCUUACUCUUGGGUAGAGGGCUGGAACAGCUUUAACCCAGGUCACGAGCACCCUGACCAGAACUCGUUCACUUUUGCUCCUAAUGGACAAGUAUUUGUUUCUGAAGCACUUUAUGGUCCAAAAUACAGCUACCUUAACAACGUUUUGGUGUUCAGUCCGUCUCCUACCAGCCAAUGUAACAAUCCGUGGGAGGGUCAGUUGGGGGAGUGCGCCAAGUGGCUGCGCUGGACUGAUGAGGGUGUGGGUGAUACCAGAGGAGAGGUGAUUGUGGCGUCCUCGCACAGGGACACCAUGUUCGUGAGUGGGGAAGCGGCGUUGGCUUACUCUCCUGCUAUGAGACUGAAGAGUGUGUACAGAGCUUUAGUUUUGCUCAACUCUCAGACUCUGUUGGUGCUUGAUCACGUAGAAAAGUGGAGUGAUUCACCUGUAAAGUCCCUCAGUGCAUUUUUCCACAACCUCGACAUUGACUUUAAAUACGUUCCUUUCAGAUUCAUGGACAAAUAUAAUGGCGCCAUGAUGGACGUGUGGGACGCUCAUUAUAAAAUGUUCUGGUUCGACAGCCAGGGUCACAGCCCUGAAACCAGGAUACAAGAGGCAGAGCAGGCGGCUGAGUUUAAAAAGAGGUGGACGCAGUAUGUCAAUGUCACUUUUCCAAUGACAGGCACUGUCAGCAGAGUAGCUUACGUGUUACACGGGCCAUAUGUCAAAGUGUCUGGCUGUAAAUUUGUGGACAAUAGCAAAAAUGGAGUGAGACUUUCCUUAACUAUAAAUAACACAGAGACGAUCGUGUCCAUUGCUACGAACUACAAAGACAUAGGUGCUAGGAUGACUUAUCUAGGAUUCGGAGGUCACUGUAAAGUAGAGGAUGUAUAUCAAAUCACUCGUUAUGGCCUUGGGUCUCAACUCAUCCCUAAACAAAUCAGCGCCGAUAAUCAGCUAUUUGACUUUGGCUUCACAGUCAAUGUGAUAGCAGGGGUUGUUCUGUGUGUGGCCAUAGGAUUUCUGACUAUUCAGAGAAAGUUUUAUGUCUGCUUCAGCAGGCUGAUGCGCUACGCCCUCCUCUCUGUGCUCAUUCUGUGGAUAGCCGAGCUGCUGUUUGUGUCUAACAGCUGCGAUCAGCUUCUCUGUGGGGUUAAAUGGAAAGGUGCGGGCGCCAAAAGUGAAGUAAACAAACAAAUCAGACUCUACGAGCAGCACCGGCUCCCCCUCCCCACCGUUGUCAUAACAACCCUUCCCGGAUCGGGGUCAGAAAUACUCAAGCACCUUUUCUACAACAACUCAGACUUUGUUUACAUUAGAGUUCCCACCGAGCACCUGGAUAUUCCUGAGACGGAGUUUGAGUUUGACUCUUUAGUCGACGCCUGUGAGUGGUCAAGGUCAGACGCUACGCACAGACGGUUUAAGAUUAUUCAGGGCUGGCUGCAUUCGCUGGUCCACAACACUAAGCUGCACUUGCAGAAUAUUCAGCUGGUAGAGGGCAGUAGGGUCAAACAGCCCCAGAGAGGUGGCCCCUUAAGGGACCGGAAGAAAAGAUUUAGGAGGAGAGAGCCAGCGUCUGAGCUAAAGGGCAAGCUGAGAGCAAGUCUGGACCGAGAUGCAGAGUAUGUUAGGGAGAUGAGACGCCAGGUUGCGGAGUACCCUAACGCCCGGGUGGUACUCAACAUGCGGAGCGGGAGCUGGGCGCUUAAACUGCCUUUCAUUCAGGAGGUGGUGGGACCUUCUCUGAGGACAAUCUACUUGGUGAGGGACCCUCGAGCAUGGAUUUAUCUCAUGGUUUACAACAGCAAACCCAGCCUUUACUCUCUCAAAAACAUCCCUCAGCACCUUUCCUUGAUAUUCAAGGAGGAUGCUGUGAGUGACAGGUGCCCGUCUCCUGCAGCAGAGUUCAAAACAAUCCAAAGGGUCCUGUCCCGCUCUGAGACAAACCCCAUCCUGAUACUGGCUCAUCUGUGGCUGGCUCACACCGCAGCGCUGCUGAGAGUCAGCGAGAGCCUCCCCGAGGAGUCCUUCCUCCAAGUGAAGUUUGAGGACGUGGUCAACUUCCCGCAGGAUACGGCGGAGAGCAUACACACGUUUUUGGGGGUGCCAGUGACACCCGCAGCCCUCAACCAGCUUCUCUUCACCACUUCCACAAACCUUUACAAUCUCAUGUAUGAAGGGGACAUUUCACCAGCCAACAUUAACAGGUGGAGACAGAAUCUGUCUCGGAAGGACAUGAAACUCAUAGAAGAUGUGUGUGGGAGUGUGAUGAGGAGGCUGGGUUACACCAGGUUUGCCAAUUAACUUGCUGCUGCUGGUCAGCUGGUGUUGAGCUGUCUUGUUUACUGUUGCCUCCAUUUGAGUUCUGUAACAAACAUUUUUUUGCACUGACUUUAAAUUUGAAUAAGAUGCUAUAAGUUGAGGAAAAACUGCGUAGCAUUUCUGUCAUUUGUUGUGUUUGUUUGGGUAUUGUUCAGACCACGGAAACAGAUGUUUGCGAGGGCGGAAUAUUUUACAUUAAAAUAAGUGGAACGGAGCUUGUGUUUUUAUUUUCCCCCGAGGAGUCCUUCACACUCACUUGUAGCACUCUUUUAUCGAGUGAGACUUAAGACCUCCGCUGUCUUACAUGCAGAGAAUCAUUUUAGAAUACAUUUUAUUGGACAACAGCUCAGUUUCACAGUGAAGAUUAUUUAAUGUUUGUUUUAGUAAGAGAUGAGAUUAUCUGUUCCCUAAUCUGUGAUUGUCAGAGAGAUGUUUGCACAUAAUCCAUAUCUGUGAUUGCAUUUUGGGGCGUUGAUCAAAAGAUUGUUGCUGGUUUGGAACAAAUUAAUGAUGAAGCUCAUUAAGAAGUAACAUUCAUAUUUAUUGACAGUCUUCUAGCUCUGGGAGAUCAUUUCCAAAGAGUAAUUUGGCUGUCAGGAAUCUAAUAUUUGAUCGUGGUGUGCUGUUUCCCUUUAAAACUAUAACAUGUUGCAAUGUAUAGACUCUUUUGCUAAGCAGUGAAAAAGAUAGUAGUGCUUUAUUAUAGAUUUAUGAAUGACACGGAUUGUAUUUUCAUCACUAGAGGGAUUUAUUUGAAGCUCAAAGAUGUCAGCAUAGCUUUUGUGGCUUAGCACUUGCGCAGGGACUCUUUUGAUUGUAUGUGGGAUACAGUGCAUUUCCAAAGCUAACUUAACUUUACUCAAUGAGCUGCGGAUAUAUAAACCGUCUGAAGAUGUGUGAACCUCAGAUGAUAUUGUAUGUAUAAUGAAGAAAGUUAGAAGUAUUUAUGGAUUCCAAACACACAUAUCCCAGAGGAUCAGAUAUGAAUAUGGUUAUUAUAACUCCCUUUUAGCAUUUAUUGAAUUAGAUCAGAGGAAAGUGCUUAAUAGGGAUCAAACUGAAGAAACUGUCAGCCUUGACACAUUUCCAGUCAAAGCAAUUUCCAAAACACCCCCCUCAGCUACUCAUAAUAAUCUGCAAAAUGCCAUAACGGAGUCUCGCCCAGUGUGUUAUUGUUGUGCUGUCUGUCUAAAAAGCCUGGAGGAAAUGCAAACAGUUUCCAUUUCCUGUCGCGGUCAAUCAGAUAUCCAUAAUCUUUCUGGGCCUUUUGUCUUGAGAGAGUUCAGCGAGCAGUGAAUUGAGCAGGGGACUAAACAUGGGAUGAAUAUUAAGUAAAAAAGAAUUCAGAGACCAUUACUCUGUGACGUUUUGCUCUUUGGAAAAAUGGUCCUCAGUAACCUUUUGAUGCUUCGACAUUUCUAUACUGUAACUGGAUCACAUGUAACAUGCAGACGCAAUUAUAAACUGUCCCCUUGCUUUCUGAACACAAACAAACCAUACUGUGCUCAUUUGGAAAUAUCCAUCUUUCCUCAACAGUCCUGUUUGUUUUCCUUUCUCUACGAACACUGAAACCCUUGACUGCCUGGAAAAAAAAAAGAAAAACCCUUUGAUGUUUUUGGUCUUUGAAUGUGUAGACUUGGCAGACAUGCUUUCACUUUGGUGUUGCAAUCCUGUUACCAACUCUGUUUUGUAUUUGCUCGUGGGGAUAUGGUUCCUUGCUUAUGUGGCCUUGAAUUACAAUCAUUUUCUUUAUAAUGCUUUUUUUUUUCUGUGGGGGCUCCGGAGCAAGAGGAGGAGAUACUGUAAUGGAGACAAUAAAUUCAUAAAUAUAUCAGCAA